AUGUCUCAAGUUUUGGAAUUUAAUGAAAUAGAAAAGAAUAAUUUGAAAUUCAAUAAAGAAAAUUCUACAAAUCAUGUGGAAAAUAAUGAUUUAAAACUCAAUAAAGAGAAUUUUGCAAAUCAAGUAGCAACAAAUGAUUUAACGCUCAUUAAUGAAGAAUCUGGAAAUGAAGACGUAUCUAAUAGAAAUGAGGUUUUAAAUAAUGAUCAAAUACAUACAGAACUGUCUAAAAUUCAAUUUGGUUUUGUCUUCCUCGGUCUAUGUUUUGCCAUGUUUAUGGCUGCUUUAGAUCAAACUAUUGUUACAACCGCUUUACCAAAGAUUAUAAUAGAUCUCGCUUCUGUUGAUAAAAUUGUGUGGGUUGGAACUGCUUAUUUGCUCACUGCGACUUCCUUUCAACCAACAUAUGGAAAACUUGCUGAUAUCUUUGGUCGAAAAAUUACAUUUUUAACAGCAAUGGUUCUUUUUGAAUUGGGUAGCAUCUUGUGUGGUACAUCUUCUAGUAUGAAUAUGCUAAUAACUUCUCGAGCGGUGGCUGGCCUUGGUGGUGGUGGUAUAUUUGGAACAGUAUUAAUUAUACUUACAGAUAUUGUUUCAGUUAAAGAUCGUGGUAAAUAUCAAGGAUUUGUCGGUGCUGUUUUCAUUAUUGCAUCCAUCACAAGCCCAAUAAUUGGUGGAUUAUUCACAGAUAAUGAUAAUUUGGGUUGGAGAUGGGCAUUUUAUAUCAAUGUACCGAUAGGUGCA